AUGUUCAAGACCUAUCUCGUCAAACUCAUGGUUCACAUGUUCACGACAUCAUGCCAGUUCGCUAAAUCUCUUCCUCUCAUUCAUGCCGGCGUCUUGAUGGGCACCCCUAUGUGUGUCCUGAUAGUGGCGCUGCUCGACUUGGGUGUACACGUACAAGUGUACUCCUCGCCCGUUCCCCCAUCUGAGUCUAUCGCUCUUCCUAUAACUGACGGCAAUGCGGUGUAUGAAGUGCCCAGGAUGGUACUGUCAGGGGGAGAACCCGUGUUGGUACCGUAG